CAUCGGUGCAUUCGGCACGUGAGUUAAAUUACACUUGCUGUUGUUCAUCAAUGGCAAUAGUUACGUUUCAAGUGCUUACUGAUUUAGAAUCAAACACCGAUAACGAAAAUCAAACAUCUAAUUGGAACCGAUCGAGUGCACGAUAAGGAAUACACACUUCAUUGUACAUACGACUGGAAAAGUGGAUCGAAAAGUAUUGUUUUCGACAUAAGUCAUGGCCUCGCGACUGAGAAGGUUCGGCAUAACGGCGGCCGGCGUUGCCAUAGGUGCCGCUCUGACCACUUACGUUCUAAAACCCAGUGAUAUCUCGCCGCAUCAUGUUCAAAUGGAAGAGACACAACGAGUGCGCCGCAAGCGUACACUGCCAUCCCGAGCAGAACAGGUGAAAGCUCUGCAGAGUGGCGAAGAGUUCGAUGUGUUGAUUAUCGGUGGUGGCGCCACCGGGGCCGGCUGUGCACUAGAUGCGGUGACCCGAGGAUUGAAGACGGCCUUAGUUGAACGGGACGAUUUCGCCAGCGGUACGUCCUCCAAGUCGACGAAAUUGAUCCACGGCGGUGUACGGUAUUUGCAGAAAGCUAUCCUGGGGCUCGACAUCGAACAAUACCGGAUGGUGAAGGAAGCCCUGCAUGAGCGAGCAUCCAUGCUACGAUCGGCUCCGCACCUAACACGGCCACUACCAAUUAUGUUGCCAGUCUACACGUGGUGGGAGAUACCGUACUUCUGGGUGGGUAUCAAGGCCUACGACUUUGUGGCUGGUGAUCGUAACGUCAAAAGUUCGUACUACCUUUCCCGAGAGGAUGCCUUGGAGCUGUUCCCUAUGCUUAGGGGUGACAGGCUGCGUGGCGCUAUCGUGUACUACGAUGGUCAGCAGGACGACGCGAGAAUGUGUUUGGCAAUCUCGCUUACAGCAGCCCGACACGGAGCCGCUAUUACGAAUCACGUCGAAGUGUUGGAGUUGUUGAAAAAGAAAAACGAAUCCGGUAAGAAUGUCUUGUGCGGAGCCAAGGUUCGGGACAACAUAACUAAGAAGGAGUGGACCAUCAAGGCGAAGUGCAUUAUCAAUGCAACUGGACCGUUUACGGAUUCGAUUCGAAAGAUGGAUAACCCAUCCGUGAAGGAGAUCUGCUGUCCAAGCUCAGGUGUUCACAUAGUGCUUCCCGGUUACUACAGUCCGGCUCAAAUGGGCCUGCUUGAUCCUUCGACCUCCGAUGGGCGUGUGAUUUUCUUCCUACCAUGGUUGAACGGCACAAUUGCCGGUACUACAGAUGCUCCUUGUGAUGUCACUGCCAGUCCGGCUCCAGGCGAGGAUGAUAUUCAGUUCAUUCUGAAUGAAAUUAAGAACUAUCUAAACAAAGACGUAGACGUGCGUCGGGGUGAUGUGUUGUCGGCUUGGAGCGGCAUUCGACCAUUGGUAUCGGAUCCGAACAAGGGAGAUACCCAGUCGUUGGCUCGUAAUCACAUAGUUCACGUGAGUGAGUCCAACAUGGUUACGAUCGCUGGCGGCAAGUGGACAACGUAUCGUGCCAUGGCGGAGCAUACGAUGGACGCUGCGAUUAAGGCGUGCGAUUUGAAGCCAGAGCGUGGAUGCGUUACCGAUGGGCUGUUCAUUGAAGGUGCGCAAGGUUGGACUCCGACCAUGUACAUUCGGUUGGUGCAAGAUUUAGGACUUGAAGUCGAGGUUGCGAAACAUUUGGCCAUAUCCUAUGGAGAUCGUGCAUUCGCUGUGGCUAAGAUGGCUUCACUUACUGGCAAGAGAUGGCCCAUCAUCGGGAAGAAGCUGCAUCCCGAGUUUCCGUACAUCGAUGCUGAAGUUCGCUAUGGUGUUCGCGAGUAUGCAUGCAGCUGCGUGGAUAUGAUUGCACGUCGUCUGCGUCUGUCGUUCCUGAACGUCCAGGCUGCCAGUGAAGCUCUACCGUACAUUGCUGACAUUAUGGCUGAAGAGUUGAAGUGGUCCAAGGAUGAGAAGGAGAAACAAAUUAAAGAGUGUGAGCACUUCCUGCAGACGCAGAUGGGUCAACAGAUUAAUCGUCAACUUAAGGAGAAGAUCCCGAUUAAUCUAUCCAGGGAAGAAGUCAAUCAGUACACAAAACGCUUCGAAACCAUCGACAAAGAGAAAAAGGGAUACGUUUCGAUAACAGAUAUUAAGCGCGCCAUGAGGUCAUUCGGCGAUGCGGAAGUCAGUGGCGAGGAGCUGCACGAAAUUCUCCGCGAAAUCGAUUCCAACAUGAACGGCCAAGUGGAGCUGGAUGAAUAUCUACAGAUGAUGUCUGCCAUCAAGUCCGGCUAUAUUUCGCAUUCGCGUUUCGCAGCAGUGGCCGAACAGGAGGAGAUUCGCAAGGAACAGGAACGAUUGCGGAAACAGAUCACCGUAGACCGUUCGGGAGGCGGCCAACGAAAGUAAUCUAAAGCAUGUAAAGUUUGUAUUUCCAACCAUUGUGCAACUUUUAUUUGCAUCAAAAAAGAAACCAAACUGGCUCAUCUUGAGCUUCCUUGGCUUCUGCGGAUGUUUUUUGUGUAAUUUGUCUGCCAUUUCUGUCUAUACGUUGCUGUAAAUAAUAAUCGCAAAUCAAAACCAUCGGCGAUCCUUAGGAAAGGAUCUUCAUUGAAUACCUUCAGCCUGCGAUGAUGAAGUUAUUUCUAAACCAUUUCAAAUAGGAUAGGAAAUAUGCCCGCCAAUUAAUUCAUAUAGGUACAACAGUAGCACAGAUAUUUAUUGACACAACAAUCCUGAAGCAGUCAGCGAUAAGCAAAGCUGUUCGCCAUCAUCCACAAUGAAGCGUAGAUAGUAUUCAAGUGUUGGUUUCGUAAAAUGACAGCAAGCAGUACUGGUUGCAAUCCGAAACCGCGCUAAUUUUUCAUCCUUUCGCCGUACCACCCACAACGAAUGGAAUUUUGUGUCAAUUGGAUGUGAUAUGAAUCAAUUGUGGAACUGUUGUAAAAACGCACGAGCCUUUCUGUGCGAGGACUGUUGUUUAGAACUUCCCGGUUCAACCGUUAUUUGACAUGAUGUGUUGUUAUUUAUAUGUAAGAUUAUGAGUGACCUGUUCGAAUGUAUCAAAAUAAAGUCGAGACGUAAUUUUUUAAAAUAUAUACAAAUCGCUUGCGAGCAACUAUUGAGAAUAUGAAAUGCACCUCAGUAAACUCUCUAUUUGUUUGAAAGUCUGACUAAGUUUUGUGGGUGUGAGUUUAUGUAUAACUUAGCUACUGACGCAUUGCGAACAAAUAAAGGAUUUGAAAUCGAAAAG